CUUUUUAUUUCAUUAGUCACUUUUUUGUCCUACUACAGUGUUUAAUAGUACUACCUCCGUCCCAUUUUAUGUGUCUUAGCUUGACUUGGCACGAUUAUUAAUGAAGUGAUUGAAAAAGUAAAAGUUGUGGUUGAGAUUUGAGUAUAAUAAAGUGAAAUGAUGUAGACCACAUAUUUUUUUCCAAAAAAGAAAAUGAAACACUUAUUUUGGGACAACCCAAAAAGGAAAGUAGGACAGGUAAAAUGGGACGGAGGGAGUAAUACGCAAUAUAUAUGGAAAAACCUCUAUUAAGAUAGCAAUGCCCACUAAUUUAACAUGUAUUUGUUGUUAUUUUCAUCUAAUUGAAGACUUCAUUCGAAAUAAAUGCAUUAAAUAAAUAUAGGCAAUUGCAUAUUUAUGAUUUCAAAUGUUUUUUUAGGUAAUCACAUAUUUAUGAUUUCAAUUUUUUUAAUUAGACUUUUAAGUCAAGUAAUUAUAAUAGUAACCUUAAUCAUAAUCACAUGUGUUCAAAAUUUACAUUAUAAUAAUAACUUUAGUCAUAAUCACUCUAUAUGUCAGAAUGUCAUUUAGAUUUUAGCAUGAGUCAAAAAGAUAUCAUGGAAAUUCAUUAUAGAAAUGUCGUAUUUUUUGUCACAAUCAACUACGGAGUAUACGUUAUAGUGCCCUAAGUUACCAAAUGUGAGAUAUUCAAAAUUCAAAAGAUUGAUAAGUAACAUUGAUGUCACACUAAGCACUUCCAUGAACAAUUGAUGUUGUGUAUCUAGAAACUUUUUUAAUGUGUAGUUUAUUUUUUUGUCGUAGAACAUAUAUAUUUUCGUCUUUUUUAUUAAUAUUGUACAUGUAAAUCGCCUUUUUAAAAAGAAGUGUAUUUCACUACCAUAUUUAAAUUUCAGAUUGAUACAAAAUAUAAAUAUAUUAGUAUGUUGUGCAUUGCUCGGGAACAAUACUAGUAAUAAUUAAAAUGUUUAACAAUUAAUAAUACUAAUACAAUUUGAGGGGAUAUAUGAAUGCCACAUGUCAACCAAAGAAAGAGGGGUGACCAGCACCCUCUUUAAGAAGAGUAAACCAAAUUGCAUUUUAAUUGACUUGUUCCGUUUGUUCUUUUCAGAGUGGGACUAUUUUAAAAUAGAUGUUUAUUGAGAACUUAUUUUAUUCCAAUAUCUUUUGGGAUUAAGGCUUGGAUGUUAUUGUUGUGAGAGUACUUCUUUUAUCCCUAAUUGAUAUCCAUCUAGCAGAUUUUAAAGUUUGGCCAAUCAGAAAAUUAUUAUUCCUUAAUAAAAUUGUGUAUAAAGCUAAAAAUUAAUGAUUUGUAUAUUUAGAAAUGUCAUUAAAAAUUUAUUGAAUUGAAAAAAAAUGAUUUAAUUUGUUUACAUUUUGAUGCAUGAAAUUAGAGAUUAAAGUAAAUUGAGUUUUUUUAACGAAAUUAAAUUGUAACGUAAUUAAAUCUAUCAUUUUCGGACUGAGAUACUACGUAGUAUUGUUUUGAAAUGAAGUUUGAGCAAGCUUUUAUAAAGAAAAAGUUUUCAUGUUAGGCAAAUUUUGAAGAUUGCAUAGAAAGGUAGAUAUAGUUAAUUUUACUUUUUUCGUCACAUUUUAAUUGUCUUACUUUUCUUUUAUACUAGUAUUAUCUUAAAAUAAAUGUCAUGUUUCAUUUUUUGGUAAGAAAUAUGUGAUCAAUAACCUUUCACUUUCUUCUAGUCAAAUUCAACUAUUCCGUAUAACUUUAUUGUUCAAUUAGUUUAUUAAUAAUUGUAUCAUACUAAAACAAGACAUUCAAUAUGAAACGGAAGUAGUAUUGUUUAAGAAUAAGCUUGGAUAUUUUUGUUGAUAUAGCCUAUCAAACAAGCACUCAAUUAAAGGACCGGAGACCAAACUCGAGAUUCAAUUCAUUAGUUUCUGAAAUGAUGAUAGGAGCUUUGUCGAGUAAGUUUAUGGAGCCCCAUAUGACACCCUUAUGAAGUCAUAUGGGAUAUUGUGACACCAUCUUUACCACCCAAUUUUAAGUGGGUCUCUCCACUUAAAAAAUGAAUAAAAAUUGUCCAAUAUAGGAGUGAACAUAAACAUAAUUGCACAAAUAGGAGUAAAAUUUAAAACUUCUUUCAAUAGGAGUAAACAUUAAUUUUCUGCCCUUAAUACCCCAAACGGCCUAACCUAAUUAAUUCUAAAAUAUGACUUAUAUGAUUAAAUUAAAAUAUAUAAAAAAAUCUAACAUAUUUUUUAAAAAUAUCAAAAUUAAAAAAAUUUUAAAAAAAAACUUUAAAAAAUAUAAAAUAGAUAAACCAAAUUAAAAAAAAAUUAAAAAAAUUAUGCAAGCCUUUCCCACAGCUACGGCCAUCACCCAAAAAUGCAACAUCUGAUCGGCAAAAAGUCAUGUAAAAAUUGUCAUUUUUUUAAAUGCCAUAAACAUGGCAGUUUUUCCCUUUGAAAAUGUCAAAUUUUCUCGAGAACUGCCAUCAUGAUUGCAUUUCUGACAAAUAUUGGCAUUUUUUUUAUGGUCGGAGCUAGUGGAGCUGAGAGGUUGUUGAGGCGAGGGGCGGAUGCCUACAUAUUUUUUUAUACUCCCUCCGUCCGGAAAAGGUUUGCCAAAUUUCUUUUUUUGGGUGUCCCAAAAAGAUUUGCAUUUCCAUUUAAAGUAAGGAAUAUGUGGCUAAAUUUAUUAUCUCUCCUCUGAACAAAUUUCAACAACAUUUUUUACUUUAUUAAUCCACGUGAAAAUCAAAGUUGGCGAACCUUUUCGGGACGGAGGGAGUAUUUAUUUUUCAUUUUUUUAUUUUUUCUAUUUUUAUUUGUUUAGUUUUUUAUUUAAUAUUUUUUAUUUUUAUAAAUUUUUAAUUUUUAUUAAUUUUAUUUAAUACGGAGUGGAGUAUAUUUUAUUUAUAUACUUUGUGUUUUUUUAUUUUUUUACAAUUUUAUUACGGAGUACAUAUUAAUUAAUGUUAUAUUUUAUGUUUUAAUUAUUAAUGAUAGUUUUUGGGGCUUGGGUAGGGGUAUACUUGUCCAAACAGUAAAGUUACUCCUAUUCAAAACAUGGUACUCCUAUUUUUUCAUUUUUUCAAACACAUGAUAAUCCUAUUUUUGCAUUUUGCCAAUAUGAAACGGAAGUAGUAUUGUUUAAGAAUAAGCUUAGAUGUUUUUGUUGAUAUAGUCUAUUGAACAAACACUCAAUUAAAGGACUGGAGACCAAACUCGUGAUCCAAUUCAUGAGUUUCUCAAAUGAUGAUAGGAGCUUUGUCGAGUAAGUUUAUAGAGCCUCAUAUGACUCCCUUAUGAAUUCAUAUGGGGUAUUGUAAAACCAUCUUUAACACUCAAUUUUUAAAUGAGUCUCUUCACUUAAAAAUUGAAUGGUAAAAUGGUGUUACCAUAACACAUAUGACUCCAUAAGGGAGUCAUAUGGGGUUCUAUAAAUAUUUUGGAGCUUUGUCUCCACAACUUGUACAUACUUGUGAAGAACAACCCAUAAAAAGCUAAAAUCUGUCCAUCUUUGACUAUUCUCUAUCUUCAAGAUUUUCUCCAACAAACCCUAUUUAGAAAACUAAACCAUAGGGACGUGCUGUGGAAAAUGGCCAACAAGAGUACAAGACUAGGCUUGGAGUCGGUGCGGGCCACCCGGCCCAGCCCGGUACUGUGUGGGCCCGACCCGAUACUGUGUGGGCCUGGGCGGGAACCGGGUACCGGUUCCGGGUCUAGGCCCGGUUUGUGGGGGGUAACCGGGCUAAGGGAAAUGCGAACCGGCCCGGCCAGGCCCGGGUCCGGUUCGGGCCUAAAUAUUGUUUUUUUUUUUUUUUUGUUUUUUUCAAUUCUUUUUUGCUUUCCCCCGGGUUGGGCUGGGUCACCAGGGUGUUUUGGGGGGGUUUGGGGGGUGGGGGGUCAGGGGGCCUAAAAAAAAUUAUAAAGACCCGAGCCCGGCCCGAACUGGACCCGGUGGACACCCGGGCCGGUUCCGGGCCUAACCCCAAACCCCAAAAAGCUCGUCGGGCCUAGGCCCGACCCGGGCCUGGUCCAUCACUAAACAAGACUCGAGAAUCAAAUCUUAAAAUAGAGAACCAUAAAGAAAGGAACUGUGUGAUUCUUCUUCUCAGACCAUAAUUUGGAAGCCUCAAGUGGAAGGAAAUUUUUCUCUGAAGUCUGCAUACAAUGAGAUUAGAGAAGCUCAGGGUUCUACAUUCUCCUUUCAGCAUUUAUGUGGAAUAAACAUCUGAAACUAUCCAUAAAAAUUUUUCAAUGGAAAGUGCUUCACAGGUUCAUACCUAUUACAGAUAAUCUUCCCAGAUUUCAAAGGGUUAUUCAACCCUCCAUUUGUCCUAUGUGUAGGAAUCAUAAUGACAGUAUGAAUCAUGCUUUUUAUCAAUGCUGUAAAGUCUUUGAUAUUUGGAAGUAUUUUAUGGAUAUCUUGGAAAUCCCAAUCAUCUCAAAUUCAUGUACUAUCAGAAAUGUUUUUCUUAACUGGUGGUUUCAGGCUGGAAGUAAAUCUUUGAGUGAUGUAUUUAGACACAACCUUCUAGGUAUUAUCUGUUGGCAUAUUUGGAAAUCUUAUGAAAAUAUGGUUUGGGGCACAUCCAGUCACUUCCCCGGAGUUGAUUUCCCAAAUAAAAAUCUACACUCAAGCAUGGAUUUGGAGUAUCCCUAAUCGGAGUUUCAGGUCUGGGGAUGAUAUCCUUUUUUAGGAAAGACUCGUUCCUAGAAAUUUCAAGUACAAAAACCCCAAAUUUGUUAUUAACUUAUUACUAAGUCGGUGAAGCCUAAAGGUCAGAUGAAACUUAACGUGGAUGCUUCAUAUUUACCUGACAAAGCUUCUAGUGGAUCGAUUAUGAGAAAUGAGAAAAGUAUUUUCGUUUUUGCUCUGAGCUUUCCGAUUGAGGCUGAAUCCAGCCUAGAUGCGGAGAUGAAGUCGAUUAUCACUGCUACGAAAUGGGCAAUUGAUGCGGGCUAUGGCAACUUCAUGGCGGAAUCCGAUUCCCUGAGAGCGGUGAAUAUCCUUGUAGCUAAGAAGGAAAGGAGGUGGUCUACGUUGUUUCAGGAGAUUGUUCAGACAUGAAUUUCUUUUGGGCACAUCUGAAGAGAAAAGAAUUGGACGGCCCACUAUAUUUCAGCUACUCAUCCGGCCCAUUUAACUAUUUACAAGUCUGUUAUUUCGUUUCCUCCUACUAUUAGAAAGGCCUUUUAUCUUGAUUUUUCUCGCAUUCUCUCUUUCAGAUGUAUUCCUUAAUUGUCGGGAGGUUUUGGUUUGGUCCCCCUCUCUUUUGUAUGCGGUUUUUAUUCUUACUAAAAUCUCGGUAAACGCUC